CACGGGAAAGGAAUAAUUUGGGCUCGUUCCCGAUUUUCCUGCUUUUCCCGGGGUUCUGGGACGCGUGGUGCUGCGGGACAUCCCCGGGAGCGGGGAGCGGGGUGGGACGAGGAAUCCUUUCCUUCCCUGGAAGGCAAAAUAUCCUGACAAAAAACCCUGGGAAAAAACAUUUCCGGUGUUUAGGUGUGUCCAAAGAGAAUAGGGAAUAAACGGGAUUUAUGGACAUCCUCAGGAAUUCGCCCACCACAGGGAAAAUCGGGAAUAACUGGGAUUCAUUCCCGUUUUUCUGGCUCUGGAGGGUUUUCCAUGGUUGGGAAUGAGGAUUCCUGCUGUUCCAGAGGGUUGGGAAAGGCUUUCAGGAAUGGAUUAGGAUAAAAGAUAAGGAGCCCGAGAUAAGAAUGAGCACUUUCCCUGGCAGGAAUUUCCCUGGAAAUGAGGAAUGUCCCGGGAAUUCUCUCCUUGAACCCCAAUCCCGGGCAGAUGUUUCCCGCUGGGCUCUGGCUCUAGGAUGUUGGAGAACCGAGAGGAAGAGCUGACCACGGUGCGGGUGCAGGAUCCGCGUGUGCAGAACGAGGGCUCCUGGAAUUCCUACGUGGAUUACAAGAUCUUCCUGCACACCAACAGCAAGGCCUUCACCGCCAAGACCUCGUGCGUGCGGCGCCGCUACCGGGAGUUCGUGUGGCUGCGGCGGCAGCUGCAGCGGAACGCCGGGCUGGUGCCGGUGCCGGAGCUGCCGGGAAAAUCGGCGUUUUUCGUGGGAAGCACGGAUGAGUUCAUCGAGAGGCGCCGGCAGGGGCUGCAGCACUUCCUGGAGAGGGUGGUGCAGAGCGCCGUGCUGCUGUCCGACAGCCGCCUGCACCUGUUCCUGCAGAGCCAGCUGCCCGUGCCGGCCAUCGAGGCCUGCGUGCAGGGCCGGGGCCCCCACUCGGUCACCGAGGCCAUCCUGCACUACGCCAUGGCCCGGGGACGCCGCGGGGACACCGCGGGGCUGCCCGCCGCCAGCUGUGCCAGCCUGGAGAGCUUCCCCUACUGGGGUGACUUUGGCAUGGACGAGGCACGGCCGGAGAGCCCGGAGCGUCCGGCCGGACACGGAGGGACCCCUCUGGAGAGCCUGGAGCGUCCAGCUGGACACGGAGUGGCCCCUCUGGAGAGCCUGGAGCGUCCAGCUGGACACGGAGUGGCCCCUCUGGAGAGCCUGGAGCGUCCAGCUGGACACGGAGUGGCCCCUCUGGAGAGCCUGGAGCGUCCAGCUGGACACGGAGUGACCCCACUGGAGAGCCCAGAGUGCCCGGCUGGACACGGAGUGACCCCUCUGGAGAGCCCAGAGUGCCCAGCUGGACACGGAAUGACCCCUCUGGAGAGCCCAGACACCCAGUGACCCCUCUGCAGAGCCCGGAAUUCCCAGCUGGACACGGAGUGACCCCUCUGGAGAGCC